UUUGGUCCUCCGUGUGUGGGCGGGGCUUCAACUCAGGCCCCGCCCACACAGGGACGUAGUGACGUGUCGCGGAGCUCCGGCUCUGUUUCCAGCCGCUGCGGUGCUUCCAGCGGGGCCUGCUGCAGUCUCUGCCCGCGGAGCUUAGGAUGGAGCUCCGGACGGUCCUCCCGGCUCUGCUGCUCCUCUCAGCCGCCUGCCUGCGCCCCGUGUCCGGCGUGUUCUCCCGGAGAGGACCGAAGGUCACCGAGAAGGUGUUCUUUGACAUCACGGUGGCGGGUCACGAGGUGGGUCGGAUCGUCAUCGGGCUCUUUGGAGACGUCGUCCCGCUGACCGUCAAUAACUUUGUGUCUCUGGCAGCUGGAGAGAAAGGCUACGGCUACAAGGGGACAAAGUUUCACCGAGUCAUCAAAGAUUUUAUGAUCCAAGGAGGAGACUUCACAGCUGGAGACGGAACCGGAGUCUGUGGUUCACACCAUCGAGCUUCAGGACACGGACGACAGGAACCUGCCGUACACCGAGUGUGUGAUCGUGAACAGUGGCAGGAUCCCCGUGAAAGAGCCCUUCAUGGUGGAGGUGGAGGGCUG